GAAGGCUAGAAAGACUCCGCAUCGAACUAGAUUUAACCCUGGAUGCAUGUGACUUUAUCACUCCGCUAAAUAAACCCUACCAGUGGUCCGCCAGCGGGGAGUCGCGCUUUGACGCCCGUGGAGGGCUACGAUGAUUGUCCGUGGUCACGGAAUCAUCUCAUUCGGCCCGCGCACCCAUGUUUCAGCCACUCAUCCAACAAUUCUCUGCGUUACGGUUCUCGGCGGCGCUAGAAGACAGCAGGAUUUGAUGCUUCUCAACGUCCGACAAGGAGCUCCUUCUUCGAAUUUUCAUCCGCGAAGAAGCAAAAGCAAGGCUGCUCCUCCCUUGAGGCGACCUGACGACGAUCAAGGAUUGCCUACUUACCGAAGAAAGUUUCUCCUAGUGUGAAAUGAAUAUGGAACUUGCGUACUACAUGGAUGGCGCUCUUUACACUAUUUUUCUUCUCGAGCCCCUUAUGCGCGAGUUUGGAUUUCUUCCCACUCUCUCCGCGGUCGCCUCUAAGGUUGCAAGAAUCCAAGGGAUCAGAUUCCUGGUGACAUUCCAUUCCAGGAUACGUUCCGAUGCGCGAGCCGUCCAAUAUCGGUGCAGCCAGCUGGAUGUGGCAGGUUCUCUUGAAGUUCAUUGGAGAGUCUCAAUCUAUGAAGAAAUCGGUUUUGUCACUACUGAUGAGUAGAUUUUUUUCGAUAACAAGAUUUCUGCAUGUGGCAUUGCACUAUUUCGGAUAGUUCCAAAGUACUUACCUGGACAUCUAAUUGUGGGCAUCGGCGAAUAUUGAUCGAGACUCUUCGUCGCGUGGAA